AUAAAUAAGACAAAAAAGAAAGAUAGAAACAACAUUAACGAAUUCUCUACGCUCCCAUAUUAUGGAACAGAUGUCAAGAGUUACGUCAUUUUAAGAUCUUCAGAAAAAAAAAAAAGAUGUCUGCUUUCAAUGCAGGGUUCAUUUCAGAAAAGGUAAGGGAAUGGUUAAAGUACUAAGAACGGCUGAAGGUCGUUGCUGUAAAAGUCGCACAUAAAAAAAUUGCUUUUUUUUAUUAAUGCUCGUGCCUGUAUCCGGUUGCGCAAUGAAAUUAGAUAAAAAGAAACAAAACAUCUUUAUACAUUUAUUAGAGUGUAUUUUUAUGCAAGUUAAUCCUUUCAUGAAAACCGGUAUGUUUUCCAAAACAAGCUUACAAGCUGCGUGUCGUUUGUUUCGCUGUUAAAACGCUUGGAUAUGAUAUGGAUUUGAAAAUGACUUCACUUUUCUGCAACAAAAGAUGGCUGCAAAAAGGUCUCCAUUCCGUAGCUAGUGUCUGACAGAAAAAAGCAUUUGCUCUGUAUUAUAAAUCCAUUUUUUUAAAAUUCGAUUAAAUCAACAACAAAGUUAAAGCUGCUCUAGCCACGGUUUAUAAAUGAGUUUGAAAAUGCCUCCAAUUGUUUAUGAAAGUAAAAGGGCUUUAUCAUAGUCCAUAUCUAUAUAAAAUACUUCAGAAGCUUCAUCGACUCUAAAAUGGCGGAAAAGAAAACGUGUCAAGUCAAUAUGCGGCUCUUGCCCAUUAAAGCCCAUUACUUUUUCUUUUUUGGAGCCAUGGGAGGAGUGAUGCCAUUUAUGCCCGUGCUGGCGAAGAAUCUCGGAAUUAGUUCUACGGCUGUUGGACUCGUAUACACGGUGCUUCCUUUCUGCGUGUUUUUCUCGAAACCGCUCUUCGGUUUCAUCACAGAUUUGUUCCGAAACAUAAAGCUGAUCGUCUUCCUGCUCGUCUGUGCCACGUCCGUCGGCUACUUUUCUGUCAUAUUCCUGCCGCCCAUCGAUAAUGUUAAGUGGACGCAUGUUGAUGCCCAGUGCCAGAACACUGGGAAAUCCAUAUCAGUUAUUCCAAAUCAGUAUGAUAAUCGUUGCUUAAGAGACGUUCUCAAACAGAGCGUAAACGGCGAACUAAGUUUCAUGACAUGCGACAACAGCAGUUCGCUCGUCCUUCAGGGAAAAGUGAGCAUUGGAAAAUUUGUAAACACAACCACCGAUGAAUUUGCUGGUUCCAAUGACACAUUUUGGUUGGAAUUCAUCCCCGAUUUAAAUAUUUCUUGUGAGUGCAUCAAGAAUGAUUCUUCUGCUUUGAAAAGUGUCAAAAUGAGUUCGUGCUUACCGGGAGACAACAGCUUGGUGUACAAGACUUAUCAGUUUUGGGUUUUCACUGUGCUGGUUGUCAUUGGAGGCACGGGAUCCGCAACGGUGUUUUGUCUCAGUGAUGCGGCAUGUUACGAGGUCCUUGGAGAACGACCUGAGCUUUACGGGAGACAGAGAUUGUGGGCUACCAUCAGCUGGGGAUGUGUGACUCUUUUGGCUGGUUUCUUCAACGACAUAGCCACUGGAAAUUCCGAUACCACGAACUAUGCACCUGGAUUCUACCUGAUGCUAGCUCUAGUUGCUGUCGAUAUUCUUCUAUUGUUGAAAAUAAAGCUUACUAAAGCAAAUUUCUCCCUGCACAUAUGUCAGGAUAUUGGCCAGAUAUUUUCAUCUUGCCAUACAGUUGCUUUUGCAACUUGUGUUUACAUCAUCGGUGGUCUGACAGGCCUCAUAUGGAAUUACCAGUUUUGGUUCUUGGAAGAUCUGGGCGCCACACAGACUUUGAUGGGUCUUUGCGUUGCCGUUCAAUGCCUCGUUGCUGAAAUGCCUUUCUUCUUCUUUGCUGGGUGGUUCAUCAAGACUUUUGGAUAUUUCACUUGCAUCAUUGGCUCUUUCAUAGCAUUUACACUUCGAUUGGGACUGUAUUACAUACUAGAAAAUCCAUGGCUGAUCCUUCCAGUUGAAAUACUUCAUGGACUGACUUUUGCAGUCUUUUAUGCCUCCAUGACUGGGUAUGCUUCAGAUAAUGCCCCACCAGGAACUGAAGCGACUAUGAUGGGAAUAUUAGGAGGUUUGUUUGAAGGUUUAGGUGUCGCCACCGGCAGUCUCCUCGGUGGAGUGGGCUUCGACAAAAUCGGUGGUCGGUGGACGUUCCUGGUGGCCGCCACCAUCAGCUUCUUUUGUGCGCCAUCUCUUGCCCUGGUGCUCUUCAUUCUUAAGAGACUUCGACCCAAAAGUUGAAUUUCAGUUCUGUCAGGAAUUGCUGACUGUAAAUAGCAUCGUUUGACAGCACUUCGGCCACAAUUUUUCAUUUCACGAUGGUUCAUUUCUUGGCUUUUGUUUUAUAGCGUUAUCAUUUUCACUGACUGUGCAGAAGAAAAUCGACCCAAUUAUACACCAUCAAUUCAUAUAACUUUAACUCAUCAUUUUAUAUAACUUUUAUCAUCAACUUAUCAAAUCAUAUAAUUUUAAUCAAUUGAUAUAGCAACUAAAUCAAUUAACAAUCUGUUUAAAAAGGCAGUCAAUAAAAUGUAAAGAAAGUUAAUCGAAUCUUACAACGGAAAAUGAAUAUUCAAAAAUUUCAUGCUAUUAAAGUAAUUUAAUAAAGUUGAAACCCAGCCAGCCUGUUUUUGCACAUUUCAAGGAAAUGAGCUGGUUAAAAAUCGCACUUCCAGGCUCUCCAUUUGGCAAUUAUCUUGAUGCUCAAUGUCGAGGGACAAUGGAAGGACAUCAAGUUCUCCUGGGCAAAGACAAAUCUUGAGCCGUAUUAAAUUGCAGAGAAUUUUUUUUUAUCUUCAAGAAUCUCCAACUCACAGAACAAACUUUAAUAAUUCAGUGACAUAUUCAAUAAUAAAUUGCUUGUAGUCAAAUAUAUAUUGCAAGUUAAUAUUUAUUUUGGGAAAUUGAUUUUCCAUGUUGAUUUAUUUUAUCGACGUCAAAAUCAGCUGCAGUUUCGUAUUCAUCUCGUAUCAUUGCCAGACAAUUCAGUCUUCCUUUCGCCAUGGCUCAAACCUGUUUUCGUGCGGUACUUUUUUAUGUUAUUUUUUUUAAUGCGGUAUAUGAAUUCCAACUAUGGUGGCAUUAUAACACCGUUGUAAUGUUUUCUAUCAGUGUAUAUUAAUUCAAUGAGUAUUUAUAAAAUGUAUGUGCAUAUCAACUAAUUGCAAUAUUCCAAAAUAAAUAAUAUAUUCCAAAAAUAAAUCAAUUCUAAUAUCUUCAUGUGACGAAAAUGAUUUUGGGUUAGUUUAUCACAAGAAAAUGCAAAUAAAUCUUGGAUUACGAUGAGUAGAUUUGAAUUUUUGAAAAUUCCUCCAUGUUUAAAAUAAGAAAUUAAAUUUUUAAAAAUGUUUCCAUGUGCAAUUUAAUUAUUUAUUUUAUAUGAAAAGCACUUUAUCAUUAUUUCGUAAAUUUUCACAGAUUUUGUAAGUAAGGCAUUUUUUAUAUAGAACCCCUUCAUCGCAUAAAAAUUUUUUUUCGUAAAUAUAUUAUGAAAAAUUAUUUAUUAUAGCUAUUUAUAAAGAUUUUUCACGAUUUUACGAUUUUUUUUUUUUUUUUUUUUUCUAUUUCUUACAUGCGAUCCCUAACUACCGCACAAAAACAAGUUACUCUGUAUUCUGGUAUCAAUUUUAAAAAUAAAAUAAAAUGUUAUUUGAACUGGCAACUGAUACUCGUGGUAUUAGGAUUCUUCGCAAAAUAACAAAUAUAUUUGAAAAAUGAUUUCCUAAUUUAUAUUAUUAACAUACCUGAAAAAGACUUCAAUUGCUGAGAUAUUUUCGGUCGCAUUCUGUUCGGUGACAAAAUACAGCAGUUCUUUCUAUGUUAUUGUACCUGAAAAAUCUUUCCUAGUCUUUGAAAAACUUCGUAAAUACUCAAGGUAAAAAAAUCGCUUUUUAAAAUGGCGUUAAUUUUUUUGAAGAAAACGUUUUAAAAUCUGGCGUACGAAUUUUGACAAAAUGAUGCGAUAAGCAGUUGAAUCUCAUUUUUGUAUAAAACGUUUAAUCAUUUUUAUGUAAAAAAGUUUUUUUUUAGUUUUGGCAUUUUAUAUCAUGCACUGUUUCGUGUUUAAACCUAUUUCCAUCAGUGGCAAAAAGACAAUUUCUGGUUAACGGAACAGAGACCUCUUCUAUUAGAAAAUCAAGUUCUAAUGUUAACGAUUAUCCUUGUUAGUCCGCGCGAGCUAUUUCCGAAGUUUUUCAAUUGUUCCUAUUAUUUGGCACGCAAAUGUACACCAAUUUCUUCUGAGAAUACUCAAAAAAUUGUCAAUCAGGUAUUGUUAAGAAGAGCUAUACUCAUUCAUUAGCUAGUCAAAUUUCUGAUAGUUGUGACAAAUCUUAAAAGAAAAAAUAUAUUAGAUCUGAAAAUAACAUCAUUUCUUGUAACUUUUCUGUAAUAGUCUUUCAUUUGUGAAUGCAAGUAUCUUCUUUUAUAUAUGUACAUUUUUAAUGUAUUUGCGCUGUAAUUUUUUUGUCUUAAAACGUUUUCUAAAAAUAGAUUAUUCUAUUGUACAUCAAGACUGGAUGCAUACUAUAAUAUCUAUUUGUUAUUAUAAUACUGUAUAUUAUAAUAUCUAUUUUCUAGAUAUAUAUUUUCUACCUAGGAAGUUGGAUGUAAUAUACCUGUGAUAUUCGAAAGAUUUACCUUUUAAAGCUUCUACUUUUAAUAAUAUUGUCGAGUUUCUGGAACUAGAAAAUGUAUAUUUACUUUUUAUAAAUCUUUUUUGAUUAUUGUACUUUACUUCCAUAAAGUAAAACUCUUGUUGUUGUUGUUUUUAAAAAAAUGGA